AUGCUUUUCUUCAAAAUUAUCAUUGCUGCUGGUCUAGCAGCCACAAUCUCUGCCCGCCGCGUCCAAGUUGACCAAACUGUCACUCUUGAAGUCCUACAACGACGAUCUGUAGAGUUUACUCCCAUCAUUGAAAAAAGAUUAGUCCUUAAAACUCGUGACUUUGGACCUGGUUCACCCAUUAAUAGUAAUAUCUCCCCAUCCUGCUCAACUGCAUGUCAAUCUGGACCCGGUUGUUGCUGA